CUGCAGGAAAUAUGUGGUCUAGCCUGGUCUCCCGAUAAGCAGUAUUUAGCCUCGGGUGCUAACGACAAUUGUGUUGCUGUGUGGCCAGCGAAUAUCAUUUCAGAACGAACCAGUGGCAUACAACCUCGCAUCACACUGACCGAGCACCAAGCUGCGGUGAAAGCGUUGGCAUGGUGCCCCUGGAAACCGAAUCUAUUGUCUACCGGUGGCGGAACAAACGACCAUACGCUGCGGUUCUGGAAUGCAAAUACAGGAAACUGUGUUAAAUCGGUCGAUGUGGUCGCUCAGGUUUCCGGUAUCAUUUGGAAUUCAACAUAUCGGGAAAUUCUGACUUCUCACGGUGGUCCGAAGAACCAGUUGGUCAUUUGGCGAUACCCGGAUAUCAGUCGUGUGGCCGAUCUGAUGGAACACCAGGGUCGUAUCCUUUGUGUCUCCGCCUCUCCGAACAACGAGAUGGUGGCCAGUUGUGCAGCUGACGAGACUUUACGGAUUUGGCACUGUUUCGAGGUGGAUCAUUCAAAGAAGCGUGCCCAAGAGAAAACCCAGCGUGCCUCGGAAUACACUCGAACAAUCCGAUAA